GUUUAAAUUAAUAUAUCGUAAACCUGGCACCAAAAAAUAUAAACCACUGGUAGGGCCUGGGAACUAGGUUACCCCUCCCUCAAAACAAGUCUUCCCGCUUAAAUUCCAUAAUGUUUAAUAACAGACGUAAUUCUACUUCACAAGGCUGUUUAUUGUUAGGGACGUCAGAUUCGUAUUACAGAUAACUUGGCACCCUUUUAUUUACACCAUGAUAGUAAAUCCCGGAACUUUUUAGAUUCUAAGACAAUAGCUUUUAUACCAACGACUCCACGAUGAAAAGUUUUUUGCUAAAAGAAAAGAACGUUCUGUUACAACUUCUGCAAAAGAACCGAGAAAUUUUGGAAUGCAAGGAUGUGAAUUCCGAAACAAAGAAAAAUGUCUGGGAGAGUAUCCAUGAAGAAUUCCACUCUCAUAAAGGUGUUAUGAAAAGAGAAGUAAAACAGUUAAGAAAGUUUUGGGAGAACACGAAGUUAAGAUAUAAGAAGUUAUACAGUGGUUCAUCUGAAGUUAAUACUGAUAUAUUCUGUAUGUUACAAGACCCAGAUUACAGUUUACCCGAUGAUACUAAGGACGACGAGAAGCAAGAUGACAAUAAAGCACACCUUCCAGAAAAUGUCAGCGAAGGUAAAUCAGAAGAGCCAGAAGACAAUGACCAAGAUGACCCCAAUGACAUCAUCUAUAUAUCGAUUAAUGAAGAAGAGGAUAAUUCAGAAAAACUCGACAUAGAAAUGGUCAAGGAUGAGAAACCUCCGGUCACGGAUGAAAACAAUGAUCUCGAGACCGAAAAGAGAAGCCCGAAACUAAAAACUGAAACAGAAAGCUCGGCUAUAAAAUCACAACUCAAGCUUAAAAUAACUUUACCCAAACCAGCAGAUAAUAACAAUAACACACAGAGCGGCAGUCCAAGAAAUACAGACCUUAAAGAAGAAAGUCACAUAGAUAAACCCCAACUUAAACUCAGACUUUCGCGCAAGAGAAAGGGAACACCGGCCAAAUUUGUUGACUCAAAAAAGACUACCGAUGAAGAAUCUUUGAAUAGUUUAGCAGAAUUGUGUAAUAAAGUACCAUCGGAAAAUGAUAUUCACCUGUUUGAUAUAGUAUCCCAAACCGUUACUAACGAUCUUAUGAAAGGCAAACCACCAGUUCCAGAUAAUGAAACACCUCAAAAUAUGCAAAUACCAAAUGAUCUAACUAGCAUGAAUCAGAAAUAUUCAAUCCCAGUAUCUUCAAAUGAUCAUGGAAUACCUUCGACUAGGAUACCGGACAGUCGACGGUUUACAUCACAGCUGUUUAAUGUGGAGGAUGCAGUUAGAUAUCAGAUACCACCACCGUAUCAAAAUCAACACCUUAAAGGUAGAAAUCGACCAAGUGUCCCAAAGGCCAACGAGCCAGAAACAUUUAAGGAAUUUCGACGAUUUCCCGAGGACCCACGUGGAUUACGUAGUUUCAGUACGUUACAUUAUCUAGGUAACAAUCAUCCACCACCACCUUCUGCUUAUCUUGACCAUUUUCAUCAUCCGCGUUUGCCAUCAGCCCCGUUCCAAAGUUCUGCUGGUAGAUUGUCUGUUCACAAGGAUGUAACCAGUCAACGAUUUCCACGGAACAUAAAAUCAAACGGUAGCUCUGAUCCACCUCUCACAGAACAAGAUUUUUUGAAGUUACAGAUGGAGCAAGAAAAGGCGUAUCAUGCAGCAAAAUUGUCACUGAUAAGAACUGAUCUGGACUUGUUUGAAUCCGAGCAUCAGGCUAAGAUGCAUCUCCUAGCUUCACAGUGUAGUGUUGUUGAACUUCAGAGACAGUAUUGGACCAAAGUUAACAAUCAGUUAAAUGGUGUUGCCACCAAUCAGCAUUAAUAUUCAUAUUUAAACAGCAUUAUUGAUUUGUAUAGCGCUUCAUUGCAAAGGUGUCUCGUUUAAACUCUGUUCCAUAUUGUACGAUAUGUUUGACAUAGAUCAGCAUUAAACAGGGUUAUUGAUUUGUA